ACGUCAGAACAAGAGACUAAAGGUCUUCCCAGCAAAAAGGGAAUUGUGCAAUCUAUAGUGGGUCAAGGCUACCACCGUAAGAUAGUCCUAGCAUCCCAGUCAAUACAGAAUGUCCUUUAUAAUGAUGGGCAGUCCUCAGCAAUACCUGUAGCCAGUAUGGAAUUUGCAGCGAUUUGUCUAAGAAAUGCCUUGCUUCUACUGCCAGAAGAUCAGCAGGAGCCAAAGCAGGAAAAUGGAUCUAAAACCAGUAAUCAGCUGGGGGGAAAUACAGAAAACAGUGAAAGCAGUGAAGCAUGCAGCAAUAAAAGUCAUGAAGGAGAUAAAUUCAUUGCAGCUCCACCUUCUUCGCCUUUGAAGAAACAGGAAUUAGAAAAUUUAAGGUGCUCAAUACUUGCGUGUAGUGCUUACGUGGCUCUGGCUUUGGGUGAUAACCUUAUGGCAUUGAAUCACGCAGAUAAACUUCUUCAGCAACCAAAGCUGUCAGGGUCUCUUAAGUUUCUUGGGCAUUUGUAUGCAGCAGAAGCUCUCAUCUCUCUAGACAGAAUAUCUGAUGCCAUCACUCACUUGAACCCUGAGAAUGUCACUGAUGUUUCCCUCGGGAUUUCUUCAAAUGAGCAGGAUCAAGGGUCUGACAAAGGAGAGAAUGAGGCGAUGGAAUCUUCUGGCAAGCAGACCCCCCAGUGUUACCCCAGUUCGGUCACAUCUGCGCGAACAAUGAUGUUGUUUAACCUUGGAAGUGCUUACUGUUUGAGGAGUGAAUACGACAAAGCUCGAAAGUGUCUCCAUCAGGCUGCUUCGCUGAUCCACCCCAAAGAGAUCCCUCCAGAGGCUAUUUUGCUGGCUGUAUAUCUGGAAUUACAGAAUGGUAACACACAGCUGGCACUGCAGAUCAUCAAGAGAAACCAGCUUCUCCCUUCUGUGAAGACGCUCUCUGACAUGCGGAAGAAGCCUGUGUUUCAGCCAGUCCACUCGCUCCAGCCCAUUCAGAUGCCAGCUUUCACCACUGUUCAGAGGAAGUGAGGGCGUUACCUGCUGCUGCCCUGCCCACCAGGGCUGGGGAUUUUGUAUAUUUUUUUUAACCUAGGACAGACACCUGCAUUGCUGGAGUGUGUUCAUUUAUGUAAAUUUUUAAUAAAACAUAUAAAC